AUGCCACCCAAGAAAGUUUUAAAGAAAAUUACCAUCGAUGAGAAGAAAGAAAUUAUUGAAAAGCAUGAGCAUGGUGUUCGAGUCUCUAAUCUCUCCGCUCAGUACAAGAUGGCUAAGUCGACUAUCUCGAUAAUAUUAAAGAAUAAGGAAGCCAUCAAAGCAGCCAAUGUGUCUAAGGGGGUUACCUGUCUCUCUAAGCAACGAACACAAGUGAUUGAGGAGGUGAAAAAGCUGUUUUUAGUAUGGCUUAAUGAAAAGCAGCUUGCUGGUAAUAGUGUGAGUGAGGGCUUGAUCUGCAAGAAGGCUAGGCACCUUCAUGACGAUCUCAGCAAGACCAUACCAGGAACCAGCGAAGCUCAAGAGUUCAAGGCUAGCAAGGAUUGGUUCGAGAAAUUUAAGAGACGAACUGGCCUACAUAAUGUUGUUCGUCAUGGGGAAGCUGCUAGUUCCGAUUCUGCUGCAGCCGAGGCUUACAAGGCUACAUUUGCUAGUUUCAUUGAGAAGAAAGGAUAUGUGCCACAUCAAGUUUUUAAUUGUGAUGAAACCAGACUCUUCUGGAAAAAAAUGCCAAGAAGGACAUUCAUCACCCAGGAAGAGAUAAAGCUACCAGGACAUAAGCCCAUGAAAGAUCGCCUCACCCUUCUGCUGUGCUCCAAUGCAAGUGGAGACUUCAAAGUGAAGCCGCUUCUUGUUUAUCAUUCUGAAAACCCUAGGAUAUUCAAGAAGAAUCAUGUGGUCAAGACUAGGCUACCAGUAUUGUGGAAGUCGAACUCCAAGGCAUGGGUGACCAGAAUUAUUUUUAAGGAGUGGCUAUAUGAGGUAUUUGCCCCCAGCGUUAAGGCUUAUCUACAGGAGAAGGGCCUCCCUGUGAGGUGCUUUCUUCUGAUGGAUAAUACUCCUACCCACCCUCCAAGUUUGGUUGAUAACAUGGAUGAGGAUAUGAACUUUAUUCAAGUAAAGUUCCUACCACCCAAUACCACCCCGCUUAUACAGCCUAUGGACCAGCAAGUGAUUGCCAACUUCAAGAGGCUCUACACCAAGGCACUGUUCAGUAGGUGCUUUCAGGUGACCAACGACACUGACCUCACCCUUAGGGAUUUUUGGAAGAACCAUUUCAACAUCUUCCACUGCAUUAACCUCUUUGAUAAAGCAUGGAAUGAUGUCACUUAUAGGACCCUUAAGGCAUCUUGGAGGAAGUUGUGGCCUGAAUGUGUCCCAGAGCGAGACUUUGAUUUAGAAGAGACUAGCACCUGA